AUGGACUACCAAAACCGCGCCGGUUCCAAAUUCGGCGGCGGCGGCGUGGCCUCGCACAGCGCCUCCAAUGCCGACCGCCGCGAACGCCUGCGGAAGCUCGCGCUGGAGCAGAUCGACCUCGACAAGGACCCGUACAUCUUCAAGAACCAUCUCGGCUCAUUCGAGUGCCGGCUCUGCCUGACCGUGCACCAGAACGACGGCUCGUACCUAGCACACACACAGGGGAAGAAGCAUCAGACCAACCUGGCGCGGCGCGCAGCACGCGAGCAGAAGGAGGGCAAGGGCGAGGUCGACCCGCACACGGGCCUGCCCGUCGGGGUGGUGGGCGCCGGGUUCGCGGCGCUGGGGCUGGGCGGGGCGGGCGGCGGGGGCCCGCGCAAGAACGUGGUCAAGAUCGGGCGGCCGGGCUACAAGAUCACCAAGGUGCGCGACCCCAUCACGCGCCAGCAAGGGCUGCUGUUCCAGCUGCAGUACCCGGACAUCGGCACGGGCGUGGCGCCCAAGUGGCAGGUCAUGAGCGCCUUCUCCCAGCGCGUCGAGGACCCGGACCGCAACUUCCAGUACCUGCUCGUCGCCGCCGAGCCCUACGAGACGUGCGGCUUCAAGAUCCCCGCCCGCGAGCUGGACAAGCGCGAGGGCCGCCAGGUUGAGUACUGGGAUCCGGAUGCCAAGGAGUACUGGGUGCAGAUCAUGUUCAUGACGGAACGCGAGGAGCGCUUCAACGCGGCGCCAGGUUUGACGGGGAGGCGGUGA